ACCUUUCCCUUUAUUUUCCUUCCCCCCUUCAUGUAUUUUUCAUUCUCUCCCCUUUCCUAUAUUUCCCUUUUCCCCCUUUGCUCCCCUUUCCUAUAUGUUCCUACCCCUUCCCUGUACUUUCCCCCCAUUUUCUUCCCCUUUCCUGUAUUUUUCUCUUUCCUCCUUAUUUUUUUACUUUCUCCCCUCCCUAUUAUUUCCUUCCCCCACCAAGGGCUUGUCCCUGUGGCAUUCACAUUUUUCCUCUUUUUUUUCUUUCUUUCUUUCUUCUCCUUAUUUCUUUCCCCAGGCACCAAUUGAGGCAACUUUCUAGUGGUCUUCCAUUCCCUUAACACUUAAAAAACCAGUUUAGAGGACAGGAUUACAGCACAGAUUUUGAGGGGAAAAUGCACUCAAACACAGAACCAGUGAGAAGGAAAAAACCAAGAAGUUUGGGACAAUGGGUGUUUUGCCAGUGAUCGUAUUUAUUUUGCCACAAAUUUCUUUAUGCCUACAUUCCUUUUCUUUGUUUUUCUCUUUUUUUUUUUUUCCAAUUGAAGCUCCAGCUCACAUAAUUAGAGCCUGAUCCUCAUCCACGUGCAGGUCAGGAUGGUCUCAAAACCAAGUUACCCCAGCAUGGCUACUUCCAGACUUUUCUGCUGCGGUGGAGCUGAAGAAGCUCACGGAUGAGACAGAGCCUUUUCCAGAGAAAAUGCAGGAGACAUUUUGGCCAAGUAAGAAGCCUUAAGCUCUUCAGAGGAAGAUGCUAAGGGAAGUGGUGAAGUGACAGCUCCUGUCUCCUCUCCUUAAUCCUGUCAGCCUUGGGAUUUCAGCACGGGCUGCUGAGAUGGGAGCAUCACCUUGAUUUGGAGCUCCAGUCCAGCUGUGCAAUAAAACAUUUGUGAAUAUCCAGGAACGAGGGUCCUUACAGAUGGCAUUGACAUGUAUCAGGCUCACAUGAAAACCCCCACAUCACCUGCAGGAAGGAGAAAAAGAAGGUCAUCUGAGUUCCAGUCUGAGCGACCAUGAGCGCGCUUGACUUGACUUCCAUCCUGGAUUUCCUGGAGACGGCCAACUUGACGGAGAUCAACUGGACGUGCAACAACGGCGAGUGCAUCACGGUGGAUGCGACAACAUGCCCCGGCACGCUCAACAAGAGCGCCCUGCUCUACACCCUGUCCUUCUUCUACAUCUUCAUCUUCGUCAUAGGCCUGGUGGCCAACUCGGUGGUGGUGUGGGUCAACCUCCAGGCCAAAAUGACCGGCUAUGAAACCCACCUGUACAUCUUCAACCUGGCCAUCGCCGACCUGUGCGUCGUGAUCACCCUGCCUGUGUGGGUCGUCUCGCUCGUCCAGCACAACCAGUGGCACAUGGGGGAAAUCACAUGCAAGAUAACUCACCUGAUAUUUUCCAUCAACUUGUACAGCAGCAUCUUCUUCCUGGCGUGCAUGAGCGUGGACCGCUACCUCUCGGUCGCCUAUUUCACCAACUCCAGCAGCCGCAAGAAGAAGAUCAUCCGCCGCUGCAUCUGCAUCCUGGUGUGGCUCCUGGCCUUCUCCGCGUCCCUCCCGGACACCUAUUACCUCAAGACGGUCUCCUCCAACAACGAGACCUACUGCAGGCCCGUUUACCCCGAAGAGAGCUUCAAGGAGUGGUUGAUUGGCAUGGAGCUCAUCUCCGUGGUGCUGGGCUUCCUCAUCCCCUUUCCCAUCAUCGCCGUGUUUUAUUUCCUCCUGGCCAAGAGCAUCUCCACCUCCAGCGACCAGGAGCGGAAGAGCAACGGGAAGAUCAUCUUCUCCUAUGUCGUGGUGUUCCUGGUGUGCUGGCUGCCCUACCAUGUGGCUGUCCUGCUGGACAUCUUCUACAGCCUUCAUUUCAUCCCCUUCAGCUGCCAGAUGGAGAACUUCCUCUACGCCACCCUCCACAUCACUCAGUGUUUCUCCCUAGUCCACUGCUGCGUCAACCCCAUCCUGUACAGCUUCAUCAACCGCAACUACAGAUACGAGCUCAUGAAAGCCUUUAUUUUCAAGUACUCUGCCAAAACUGGCCUCACUAAACUCAUUGACGCCUCCAGAGUGUCAGAAGCAGAAUACUCAGCUCUGGAGCAAAAUGCCAAAUGACUGCAACCCCAGAAAGAAACUUCCUUGACUGUCUGACCUGAUGUGUUUUUUUGUGUGUGUUACGGUUUGUUGGUUUUUUUUUUUUUUGACCCCUUCCUUUCAAUGUGCGUGUUACGAACGCGGCGUGAAUUCCAGCCUACAAAAGAGAGAGGACAAAGUGUAAUUUAAGAGUAGGAUCAGUUGCAAAGUGGAAGUGGUACCAAAAUGAAAACCUUUUCUCCUCCUAGCCCAGUGUGGACUCCUCAACAACGCUAUGCAAAUGGAAACGACUUCCUAGCAGACAAAGCCAUUGUGUACCAUAGAUAACACGGAUAAGCUUCUCCUUCCACGUCUUGAUUCCCUCUUGUCUCCUUGUAUAUGUUUAUAUAUAUAGUGUGUUGUAUUUAAAAGCUCGAGACUUUAUUUUCUGCCUCUUGGUGUACCUUAUACAAGUGUAUUUGAAAGUUAAAUAUAUUUUUAUCAUGUA